CAUAUAGCAAAAAUGUUGUUUUUUGUUUUAUCGUUAUAUUUUGGUGUAGUUUUGGGUGCUAUGCCUCAAAGGGUCACUCCUUUACGUGGUCCCAUUCACAAAAUGUUUUACGAGUUUCCUACUCGCGAGGGUCUCAUUUACAAUGACUAUUUACUCGUUAAGAAUGGAUCACAGGCUGAUUAUGACUUCCUUGGUCAAGAGUUACCAAAGGUUGAUGUUGACGCUUCAUCCUUGGUAGGACCGUUUAGUCGUAACCGCGCUUGGUUUUUGGGUGGUGACCGUUGUAGGGUACCACUUAAGGCUCACGAUUGGCGUGAGAGUCGUGCUUAUACGGUGGGUAUAGUUGCUGAUAACUUGAGGCGGAUUCCUUUUACCCUUGGUGAGAUUGUAGAUGACACAUUUAUUCUUCAAUCUUAAAAUUGACGCA